AUGACUUCAUCGGGGUAUGCCUUCAUCGGAACGUGCCUUCAUCGGAACAUGCCUUCAUCGGAACAUGCUUUCAUCCGAAUAUGCCUUCAUCGGAACAUGCCUUCAUCGGAACAUGCUUUCAUCGGGAUAUGCCUUCAUCGGAACGUGCGUUCAUCGGAACAUGCUUUCAUCGGAAUAUGCCUUCAUCGGAACGUGCGCUCAUCGGGGUAUGCCUUCAUCGGAACAUGCGUUCAUCGGGGUAUGCCUUCAUUGGAAUAUGCCUUUAUCGGAACGUGCGUUCAUCGGAACAUGCCUUCAUCGGAACAUGCCUUCAUCGGGAUAUGCCUUCAUCGGAACAUGCCUUCAUCGGAACAUGCCUUCAUCGGGACAUGCCUUCAUCGGGACAUGCCUUCAUCGGGAUAUGCCUUCAUCGAGAUAUGCGGUCCAGACUGA